UUUAGAAAGAUUUUUGAAUUUAAUUUUUAUUCAUUACGUUGCUUAGAAUAUUUUAAUUGUUUGAAUUCCGGAAACAAGUGUUUGUAUCGAGUAUGUAAUUCGAUAUUCUGAUGCACAUUCAGUUAACUUCACUUCGGAGUGUUCUUUUGACAGUUGUAGAUGUCGCGAUGAUCGGUAAUGGCGAAAAAUUCAAUGCAAAUUGAGCCAUUUUUAUUAUUGUUUAGUUAUAAUUUUUGCAAAAAUUAAAUUUCUCUUCAUAUAUAUUUCUAUAUCAGUUUUAUUUAGAAUUUUUUUUUGUCUCUAUGGAGGUUAACUCGGGAAUAAGUACUGAUUUACCUUGUUUACAAUAAAUGAGGAGGGGAUGAUUGAAGAAAAACUGUCAUGAGACGUAGGAGCAUCAAUUUUCACAGUUGAUCAAUGUAAUCGUGCAAAAUUAAUGUGUAGUUUGGUGCAUUCCGUGAAUUAUCAUCGACAGUGAUACAGAUUUGAUAAUUAUUUAGUGAAAAAUAAUUUUUAAUAAAAAAAAGUUUUUUUUUUUAAUGUGAAGAUUAUUUAUUUAAGCUGCCAUAUCUUUUUAUUUAUUUUUAGUAGAAAAUUGAAACAAAAAUAAAUUAACACCCACUAAAAGUUAUCUCAAAAGUUUAGUGAACUUUUCAUAUCUUCAUUUUGUGGUUCAAUGAUUUCUUAAUGGUAUAAAAUUCCAAUUAUUCCCGUAAUAUUUAACAUAUUGAAAACCGAAGAGUUUACAAUAGAGUGGUGAAUAAAAAAUAUGCCAAACCACGACUGAGGACUAGUAUUUUUUUUUCUCCAAAAAAACAAUAAGAAUAUCAACAAUGAUGGAGCUGAGUCACAGUCUAACUCUCAACGAAGAUGCCCUCGACCAAAUUCCUGAGGCUAAACGACCUGUUUUCGUAUUCGAGUGGUUACGAUUUCUCGAUAAAGUCUUGGUGGCAGCUCAAAAAAACGACAUAAAAGGAUGCCAGCAAAAAUUAGUCGAACAGUUAACGAGACACAUGCAGGGUGCUCCAGGUCCACCAACACGAAGAUUGAUAGCUCGAUGUCUUGCUACUCUAUUCAGCGUUGGAGAUACAUUUCUAUUAUUCGACACAGUUAAUAAAUGCAACGAUAUUCUAAAGAAUAAAGAUGAUUCUCCAAGUUUUCUACCAACAAAAUUAGCCGCAAUAUGCUGUGUUGGAGCCAUGUAUGAAAAACUGGGUCGGAUGAUGGGUAGAUCUUAUGAAGAAACAGUACAAAUCCUAAUAAAAUCUUUACGUUCAGCGGAAUCUCAAGCAAGAAUUGAAAUCAUGCAUACAUUAGAGAAAGUAUGUGCUGGAAUGGGCUCAGCGGUGACAAAUGUACAUAAAGAAAUUUACAAAGUGUCUCGACACUGUCUAACAGAUAGAGUAAUGGCUGUAAGAUGUGCCGCUGCCAAAUGUCUUUUAGAAAUGUUGAAUCAUGCUCCUUUUCUCUAUACAACCGAGAUCGAAAGCAUGGCUACAUUAUGCUUCAGAGCAUUUGAAGGCUCUAAUUAUGAAGUACGAUGUUCUGUUGCCAAAUUACUAGGAACUUUGUGUGCAAUGACUCAACUUCCAGCACCAAAAUCAAAGAAUCCAACAAUAGCACAAACUAAAAGCAUAAAAUCAAUCUCUUUGGAAGAAGUAUUAAAUAUGCUAAUGUCAGGAUUUUUGAGAGGUGGUGUUAGCUUUUUAAAAGGAACUGGUGAAAUCAUAAAAGGAAGUUCAGGAGUCAAUAAAGAAGUUCGUGUAGGCGUCACUCAUGCCUACGUAAUUUUUGUACAAAUUUUAGGUGGUACCUGGUUAGAAAGAAACAUCGGAGUUUUUGUUGCUCAUGUUCUUGACCUUGUAGCCAACCCAAAGGCCGCGAACUCUCAUAUAGAUGCUGUCUACUCUCGAAAAUGCAUCAACUUUAUUCUUCGUGGAACUAUCGGUAAACUUUUAGGGGAAGGAGCUCAAGCAGCAGCAUGUAAAGAAAUUGCUCAUGUAAUUUUAAAGCAGAUGAAUUCUAUUGAUUUUAAUCCAGAGAAUGCUAAAGACUACAAUCAAGAGACACUAUUCAGUCAACAUCUAUUAGUUUGUGCUCUACAAGAAAUGGGAAAUUUAAUCAUAAGCUUAGGAACGACAGCAUCCAAUUUAAUUUCAGACCAAUCAUUAAGUCUGAUUGACACCACAAUAGCAGUUUUAGUACACCCAUGCCAAGCAGCGAGGCUAGCAGCUUCAUGGUGUCUUCGAUGCAUUUGUGUUGCGGUUCCAAGUCAAAUAACACCUUUAAUUGAUCGAUGCGUUGAAGCUAUUGAAAACAUGCCAAGUUCUCCUGAAGAUAUUGCUGGGUAUAGCAGUGCAUUAGCUGCUGUUCUUGGUAGUGUCAAACUUUCUCCUCUAGGAGUCCCUCAUACUAAAGGCAAAAUUAUUUUCAAUGCUGCUGAAGAGUUAUUAAGGAGUGCCAGUCAAAAUAGUCGACUUUCUUUAAACAGAACUCAUGCUGGAUGGCUGCUAAUUGGAGCUAUUAUGACUUUAGGAACUGCCGUUGUCAAAGGGCUGCUUCCUAGGAUGCUUUUAUUAUGGAGAAAUUCGUUUCCAAGAUCUAACAAAGAGCUAGAGAGUGAAAAAGCUCGUGGAGAUGCUUUUACCUGGCAGGUUACAUUAGAAGGACGUGCAGGAGCACUUUCAGCAAUGCAUAGCUUUUUAUUGCACUGCCCUGAACUUAUUAAUGAUGAUAUUAUUCGAAGACUUCUUACACCUAUUGAAUCUGCUCUUGCUAUGCUUACUAAUCUUACACCAGUUCUCAAAAAUUAUGGUCAACAAUUGAAAGCACCUACUGCAAUGGUUCGGCUUAGAUUAUAUGAAACUUUGCUACUUUUACCUCCUCAAACGUUUGAAGGAUCUUAUACUCAUUUACUUCGGAUGUUGGUCUCAGAAUUUACUCUUACGGAAAAUCCAGGAAAUACUACUACUUCCUUGCUCCGAGUUGUAUGCCAUGCUAAUGACUCGGUCAUUUUGGGAACUUGGCUACAGGAAACAGAACAUCGCACAAUAGAAGACCAGAUGGAACCAAAUCGAAGAGCGGAUAUGGAGCACUUGCAGCCAAAUAGUGCAGCGGGUUCUGGAGCACUAGAACAUAAUGAAUGUUGUUUAUACAGACCUUUACCACCGAAUACAUUAAUUCCGGGACCACUUCCUUUAGGAGUAGCUGUUAUAGACCUCUCAGUUACACUGUUCGGUCAAAUAUUCCCUCGAGUUGCCAACAAACAUCGUCUGCAAAUGUUAGACCACUUUGGCGAAUGUAUAAAGCACGCAAAAUCCGGUCGUCAAGAAGCAAUUCAAAUAAACGUAUUUACCGCAGUUCUUAGCGGUUUGAAAGGCCUAAACGAAGCCAAAACUGGUUUCGGUCAAGAGGAUGUAAAAAAAUCAGCAACGAGUUUAAUAGUGAGUACAUUAGUCAGUGGUAAUCCUAUUUUACGUUGGGCUGCAGGAGAAGCCGUUGGAAGAAUGGCUCAGGUAGUGUCAGAUCCAAAAUUUACAGCAGAACUUGCGCAAAUGAGUUUUGAUAGAUUAAAAUCUGCAAGAGAUGUUGUCAGCAGGACUGGCCACUCAUUAGCGUUGGGUUGUCUUCAUAGAUAUGUUGGUGGUAUGGGUUCAAGCCAGCAUUUAAAUACUAGUGUAAGCAUUUUAUUGGCCUUGGCUCAAGAUAAUUCAUCACCGGUAGUUCAAGUAUGGGCUCUACAUGCUCUAGCAUUAAUAGCCGAUUCUGGAGGACCAAUGUUUCGUGGUUAUGUUGAACCCACAUUAUCUUUAAUUCUUACUCUUUUAUUAAAUGUGUCUCAUUCUCACAUUGAUGUUCAUCAAUGUAUUGGAAAAGUUUUAUCAGCUUUAAUUACUACAAUUGGACCUGAACUUCAAGGUAAUACUUCAUCAAUCUGCACAGCUCGUUCAUCGUUUUUAUGUGCUUGUGCAAUAAUGCAAGAUCAUCAAGAUCCUUUAGUUCAAGCAGAAGCAACCGGAUGCCUUCAACAACUUCAUUUAUUUGCUCCUCGUCAUGUUAAUUUGUCUUCCCUUGUGCCAACACUAUGUAGAACUUUAUCUAGCAAUCAUUUGUUACUUCGUAAAGCAGCAAUUUCCUGUUUGCGGCAACUUGCCCAGCGUGAAGCAAAGGAAGUUUGUGAGCAUGCAAUGAGCUUAGCUAAUGAAAGUCGAGACACAAAUGUCGUUGAAGGUUUAACAAUUACUGAAACAGGUCUUCCAGGAGUUUUAUUUAGUCUACUUGAUGUAGAAACAGAUAGUGGACUUAUUAAAGAUAUUCACGAUACUUUAACAAGCAUGCUACAAAUGUUAGCAGCUGAUAAUCUGUCUCAAUGGCUUGCUUUAUGUAAAGACGUGCUUACUGUUGCAUCAGAAUCAAGUACACCUGAGGAAAUGACUGCGAUUAAUGCAGAAGAUAGUGUGAUGGAUAAUGACAGUGCUGAUGCAGAAGGCGACGACGAUCAGGCAGAAUUUCAUGCUGAUGAAUCUAAGCAACGUCCUAGUGUAUCUCCAAGAUGGCCCACUAGAGUUUUUGCAGCUCAAUGUAUUCGUAAAAUUAUUUCUACUUGCAAAAACAACAAGCAAGCACAUUUCGAUCUAUCGAUAGCAAAAGAAUUGCAACAAGCAAAAGGUCGAGGAGAUUAUUUAGUUCUCCACCUUUCAGAUUUAGUUAGAAUGGCAUUUAUAGCAGCAACAAGUGACUGCGAUCCUCUACGUCUUGAAGGUUUGGCAACUCUUCAAGAAAUUAUUGAUAAGUUUGCUAAGGUACCUGAACCUGAAUUCCCGGGACAUCUUCUUUUAGAACAAUUUCAAGCACAAGUGGGAGCAGCGUUGAGGCCUGCUUUUACAGCAGAAACGGCUUCUCAUGUUACAGCAGCCGCAUGCGAAGCUUGUAGUGCUUGGAUUGGAAGUGGUGUAGCUCGAGAUCUUAAUGAUCUUCGUAGAGUUCACCAAUUGUUGGUUUCAUCUUUAGAAAAGCUUAGAGAAGGUAAUACACGUCCUCAAUUAUACAACGAAAGUCUCUCCACACUAGAAAGACUAGCUAUUCUCAAAGCUUGGGCUGAAGUUUAUGUCGUAGCAAUGAUAAAUGAUGGCUCUGCUCCAAAUACUCGUGAAUCUUCUUUGAAAAAUAUUAACAAGACUGAAGGCAUUGAUAAUGAAGGGUUUGGACAAUUUGAAUUUCGUAACGAAAGUCUUUUAAGCCUAGUACAACCAGAAUUAUUAAGUUUAAGUCAACAUUGGCUUGCAGCUCUUCGAGAUCAUGCUUUGCUCUCAUUACCACCUGAAUUUGUGAGUCAAUUACCUCACGAUGGUGGAGCUUUCUACACCACAGACACAAUGGAGUCUGCCAGACCUUAUUAUGCAAAAUCAUGGGCUCCGAUUCUUCAUGCUGCAACGCUUUGGUUAAAUGUUCGUGGAUUUGAUAUGAAUCAAACGAAUACAGUAUCUAACAGUCCUUCAUCACCUAAUAAUAACAGUAAUAAUGAAAAUAACAGCAAUAAUAAUAUGAACAUGAAUAAUAUAAAUAAUAUAACAGAUAACAAUAUUAAUUCUAAAAAGACAGACACCAACAUAGAACGUUUCCAUCUUCUUUUUGGCAUUUGUAUGGAAGCCUUAUGCAGCUCACGUUCUUCAGAGUCAACACAAAACAUCGAGACAUGUCUGAGUGCUUUGUUUACACUUUUGGACUCCUCAUGGGCUCGAAAAGUUCUAACUACAGAUGCGUCACUUCCUAUUGAACUUUGUAACGUUCUUCACAGACUUUUACUAACUCGUGAAAGUUACUCGAUUCAAAUGAUGGUGAUGGAAGUGCUUAAACAAAUUAUGAAAGCAACUCAAGAGAAUUUAACAGAGAAGAAGAAAGUAAAGUUGAAAGAGAUAAGUUCAGAAAAUCAGGAGAUAAAGGAUAUAACAGAAUUGGAUUUAUUAGGCGAAGGAGAUACAGAAGGAGAGCUAAAACCAGGAAAGUCUUUUGUUUUUGCUGUUUUAGAAGUCUGUCUUUGUUUAUUAGUACGUCAAAUACCGGCUUUAAAUCCUAAUCCCGGUGGAGCAACAGCGAUUUUAUCUCAGAAAGGCUAUGUUCCAUCAGAGGAAAAUGGAAAGCUCAUUGCUUCAGCUCUGAAUGUCAUGGAGACACUUCCUACUCUCUGUUCACCCCGAGGUGCUCUUGCCAUCUUACCGACUUUGCUUUAUUUAACUACUGGUGUUAUUAGGGAAGCUGGAGUUCGUGUUGAUAAUCAUAAUGUUCGAUUAGCUUCUGAAGUACCUAUACAUGCGGCACUACACUGUUUGAAGAGCUUAAUCAUGAAUAAGUACUCGAGAGAUGAUAGAAGCAGAGAUCAGUGGACUAUGCUGCUUCAAAGCGCUCUUGCGAAGAUAAUUGACUUGGCCAAAUCAGGAAAUGACGAGACUAAGAUGGAUGAUGUUACAAUGAUGCUCGGCAUUGCUGUUUUUGUAUUGCAUGCACUACCAGAAGUCGUCAGUGCACCCAAUUUACAAUUUCCUUGCAUCAAUCAUUUUAGACAAGCCAUUUUAUCAGAUAGUACAAUGGUAAAAUUAAAGUGUGUUCAAACACUUAAGACGAUAUUCCAGCAUCCUGAGAGAAGCAUCAGUACUCCUUACAUCCAUGCUCUAGCUCCUCGAUUGGUUGAAUAUUUGUACAGUGAUAAGAGUAAACAAAUCCAAAAUGAGUUGGAGUUAUCGUAUACUUUGGAAUGUGUCAAUACGAUUGAAGCUCUUAUUACUCUUGCGGAGCCAAAAAACCGAGAUUUAAUGCAAGGUAUUCAAAUGCUCACUCUGCUCGUACCAAUAUUGAUAAAUUAUUUAUUGGAAGAAGAUAAACUGCAACGGGGUACAAGGUGGCAAAUAAGUCUUCAUCAACAGAGCUUUCAAUGGUUGAAUAAGAUUGGUCCAAAGUAUCCUCAAGAAUUUAAGACUUUAAUGUCUCAAUCAACUGAGCUUAAAAUAAAGUUAGAAAAUGCUGUACGACUAAGUCAUCAACAAGCUCAACGGCAUAUGAAACAAUCUGACACCAUAAAGCCAAUACUUGCUAAAACAAUUACACCAUCGAUAAAACUUAAAACUGAUUUUUCAAAUUUUAAUUAAUUUUCUAUUUUACUAAAAAAACACACAUCUAUAGUAAUGUUUUUUUCAACUGAUACAACAAUGACGAUUAUGUCAUCGAAUUAGUGAUAUUAGGGUUAAUUUUCUUAUACAUCAUUACGUAAGAUAUUGUUUGAAUAAGUUAUCGGAGCAAUUUUAAUAAUGAAUGUCGUAGAGAAAUUUUUAAUAGAGUAGAGAAUAUUUAAUGAUGUAAAAAAUCAUAUAGUAGGAUAUAAUGAAGAUUGAUAGAAUAGUUGGGUUUGAUAUUUUUAAAAAUGUAUUUUUUUAAUUCUCAGUAAGCACAAAUUUAAUAAUUGUAAAAAAAAAAUAUACGAAUUAUUUAUGAAAGUUUCCAUUAUAAAAAGUGUCAACAAAUGUUGAGGGACGCAAAAGUUUAUAGUAUCUUAAUUUAAUUAAAUCAAUAAUAUGGAAACAAAAAAUUCGACAAAGAAACAGACGAGCUACAUGAAAUUUUCAACGAAGAUUCAUUUUAUUGAUUUCUCCAGAGUAUUUUCUUAUUCUUUAAUUAACAAAAAAUAUGUCUCAAAUGGAAUGAGAAAAUGUUAUAUAGUACAGAAAAAAUGACAAAGUUCUAAAAAGAUAAACCUAAAAAUAUGAUGUGGACAUCGUAUACACCGAAAUAAUUCUAUUAGUAACGAAUUUACAUGCGUCAUAUGCUCAUUUAAAAUUAUAUUAUAUAAAGGUAAUAUUUAGAUGUAAACCAUUCUUCCAGUGACUAUUUAAUGAGUAAUGAAAUUCAUAAAGUAGAGACAAAAAUAUUUAUUGAUGUAUUAGUGAAUAUCUCAUCGAGGAAACAACUUUUUUCCUUGGAUAAAUAACUGUUUUAGAAUGAUGAAA